AGAAGCGGUUCGCGCGCCACCGCGCAGGCACUGCGGCGGGCGGCCCGGGGGCCUCCGCGCAGGCACUGCCCGGGACUGACGGUGGUUAGGGGUCUUCUGCUCAGGCACUGCCGCGGACGGCCCGGGGGCCUCAGGUGACGGGGCCGGAAAUGGCGCGCUCGGCCUUUCCUUUUCCUCCGCAGCGAGCGCCAGUUUGAGCGGUGCGGUCCGCUCCGCUGCGAGGGUUCGUAGCCAACGGCUUCUUCUUUGGACCCCACGGCUGCGGACCCCUUACUGCGGUCGAGAAAAGAUGGUGGGCCGGAACAGCGCCAUCGCUGCCGGCGUGUGCGGGGCCCUCUUCAUCGGGUACUGCAUCUACUUCGACCGCAAGAGACGGAGUGACCCCAACUUCAAGAACAGGCUGCGAGAACGAAGAAAGAAACAAAAGCUUGCCAAAGAGAGAGCUGGACUUUCCAAGUUACCUGACCUUAAAGAUGCUGAAGCUGUUCAGAAAUUCUUCCUUGAAGAGAUUCAGCUUGGUGAAGAGUUACUAGCCCAAGGCGAAUACGAAAAGGGCGUGGACCACCUGACCAAUGCGAUCGCCGUGUGCGGACAGCCGCAGCAGCUGCUGCAGGUGCUGCAGCAGACACUCCCCCCGCCGGUGUUCCAGAUGCUUCUGACUAAGCUUCCCACGAUCAGUCAGAGAAUUGUAAGUGCUCAGAGCUUGGCUGAAGAUGAUGUGGAAUGAGACAAAUGUCAACACAAUAAUCUCCAUUAAAAGAUGUUUUUAAAAUCUUAACUUGGAAGAUGAGCAGCUCUGGGGGAAUAAGGGCAACUAGGCUUGGUAUGGACUGUCCUACACUAAAUCUACCAAAGUCAACUUCUACUUUGUGUAGAUCCAUUCGUCUUUUAUUUAUUUUUCCCAGUGAAGAGUGUAUUUUGAUAGAGCUUUUCAUUUUAUAAAUACACUAUCAGUUACUGAAAUAUCAUGGAUUUUGUUUAUUCCUAAAAUGUGUAAUUAAAAUGUACAUAUAACAUCAUAUUACGUACAUCAGAAAUAUCCAGUGCUCAGUUUUGAAAGGCAUUGAAAGCAGGGGGAAGCUGAAGAAUGGACUUUUUUUAAGCUAGUACACUUGGCUGCACAUCAGGAAAUUGGGUGGAAACAUGAUUGUGUUUAUCAAAACUGGGCAUUAAAGUCUUUGAGACCACGCCUUUGCGCUUAAUCCCGCAAACGUGUAAGAUGUGCUGCUGUGCGGAGCUAACGGCCUCACCCGCCCUGCGCAUCGGUCUGGAAACGUUUUGUUGGAGGUGGUGGCUUACUGUGCUCUGGAUAUUAUCUCCUGGUGUUGUAGGUGCAUGAACUUGCAAAUAGCACUGGGAACUAGAUCUCUGUGUGCCCCAGUGUAGCUGUCCAGCUUCUCCAGUCACUGCUGCCUGCCCACUUGCCUCACUCACGAGAUGAGGGGGUUGGCGUGCGCACCCAGAGAAGCGUCCCUUGCAGCUCUUCAUUUGGUCGUGCUUCAGCAUUAUGAAAUCCACCCUUCUGAGGGGCAAUCAGGCCUUGCAUUUUUUUAUUCUCUAAAUUUUGCAUGCUUGCCUGGCUUAGUAUUUCUGAAAGUAUUUUUUUAAGGUAUUGUAACAUUGUUUUUCACUGGAAUCAUGUGGUUCUGUCACUGCUCUUGUAAAUUAAUCUGAAAUUUAACCUUUAACUGAGAUGAUAUGCUUGUAAAAACCUAUUUCUUUGCUUUUAUCUUAUGUACCUCCUUAAUCCUUUAAUCUGAUCCAUUUAUCUUGUUGUGACGAGAAUAAGGUAUAGCCUGUGGCUGGAGACGUGAGAAGACUGGAGGUGAUGGGACCUCUUAUUGACAAAAUAGUGACAUUAUCUGCAGUCACAGAUUCGGUAUCAGACCUGAGCAUAAGGGUCUUGGGCACUAAUAAUGAUCUGCUGAACCAAACAGCAUCUCUGCUUCUGUUCUGUCUAAAAAUCUCUGCAGCGAUCUCAAAGUCUCUUCCUACGUGUACUAGGCUUUUUAUUUUGUUUUACUUACAAACUUCUUGAACCUCGGGCUUUGCAGUGGCUGUGGUCCAGAGGAAAGAGUUUGGGAUACGACUCCAGUUUCUGUCUCUGGACCGCCACCCCGGCCUUGGACAAGUCGUGUGGCAUCUCUGAACUUCUGUUAUCCCCUUGUACAAAAAGAGGACCAGGCGACUCACACAUUUAACGACUUCCCCAGGUUCCUUCCAGGCUUGUGAUCCUGAACCUUAAAACAGUGCUUUUUUUACUACACCUAGCACACGCUUUUUGGGGUGACCAGUAGAAACAUGCUAGUUAGUCAAUUUUACUAAUAGAAUCCCCAGUCCAAAGCAGAGGGUCAGUUGGUCAUUGGUCAGUGAGUAGCAACAGUCUUCUAGCUUGUACCCGCCCAAACAAAAAAGUGUAGAGAACAGAGGCCACCAGAAGGUAGAGAAGAAGGAACAUAGGGCCAGAGGGAAUGUGGGGUUGGGGGGGAGAUCAAGAGAACAGGCCUGGAAACCCUGGGGACUGGCAGGGGCCUGGGGGAGGGAGCCCCGGAGCCUGGAGUGCAUCCUAGCGGGAGGUCACUGUCACUCGCUUGCAGCUGAAGCCUGGCUCUGAUGAAGGCUUGCUGCGGGGGCAGUGGCCUCUGCACUUCAGAGCUGACUCAGCCAAGUGCACAUUCUUAUUUAAAUAAAUGAGAGCUUUGGUGCUUUAAAAAUAGGUACCACUUUUGAAAGCCAGCUGUGUUAGGUUAAAAAGAAAAUUUGCCCCCAGCACAUAAUUGCUGAACAGUCCCCUGGAACCAGGCAGUCACGCUGAUGCUGGCCACAUGGUGCGCAGCCCCAGAUGGGAGCGGAGUGGUGGCCGCCGGCCUGUUCCCCUGUGCUCGUGUUGCACACGUAAAAUCUUCGGAUAUGGGAAUAAUAAGUGCACAUUGGCAUGCCUUUGGGGGAGGAGGUCUGUUUGGUUCCACGAUCUGUACUUCAAGGGAAAGCAUUCGAACGGGCUCGCCUGGUAGCAGCGCUGCUCUAUUAACAGAUUCCCAGGACUUGUGUCCACACCUCACAUGUAAAACCUCGUACAGUGUGCAUAGUAGGCUAGCAGGCCGUCGACCUGCUGCUUUCUGACCCUGUUGAAUCAAUCUGUGGCCCAGAGUGUGCAAAUGAAAUGUUAUUGCAGAAGAGAUUAUGAGAUAAUCGGUAUAUCGUACAAAAUUUUCUUUCUAGUAACAUAAAUGCAGUUUAUCAUUGCUUGUGCCUCAACUGUUUAAGUGACUAUUAAAGGGCUUGGAGAA